AAAAAAAAGAGUAGCGGACUGGUUUAAACCCUAAAAUCUCAGCGAAAGAGACGACCCAUUGACUUAGUCUGAGAGAGAGACAUAACAGAUUCGAGUCUCUCUUCCUCUCUCUCACUCUCGUCACUCCCAUCCUCGAAAGACAUAACAGAGACAUAACAGAUUCUGUUUGCUGUAACGGCAAACAAAACAAGCUCUUUUAUCAGAGAAAGCUUCUGUUCGGGUCUGGAAUGGGGAAAACCGGAAUCCAGCUGUUCGACGAUUCGAGGAAUGGGUUUUUCUCCGUUUCCGAUUUAGGAUUCGAUUCGAGCCUCCCAAUUGCUGGCUUAUUCGCAAGCGUUAAUCAAACGAAUCCUUUCGCAUCCCUCUCGUCUCCGGAUCCUUCCAACAGAGGCAACGUCGGCUUCUCUGCCCAGCUCAAUGAUCUCUGUGUGCCCGGAAAAGAGGAGGAGGUCGAACAAGUUAAUGGUGAGAAGAGGAACAAGAAGAAAGGUGGGCUGAAACUGAAGAUCAAGAUCGCUAAUCCUUCGUUGCGGCGGCUGUUGAGCGGAGCCGUGGCUGGAGCGGUCUCCAGAACUGUCGUUGCGCCGUUGGAGACUAUCAGGACGCAUCUGAUGGUGGGAAGUGGCGGAAACUCAAGCACUGAAGUGUUCGGUGAUAUCAUGAAGCAUGAAGGUUGGACUGGUCUCUUCAGAGGCAAUUUGGUCAAUGUCAUUCGUGUCGCACCUGCUCGAGCCGUCGAGCUUUUUGUAUUCGAGACAGUAAACAAGAAAUUGUCACCCGAAAAUGGCGAGGAAUCAAAAAUCCCAAUUCCAGCUUCAUUACUCGCCGGUGCUUGUGCUGGAGUUAGCCAAACUCUCUUGACAUACCCUCUCGAACUAGUCAAGACUCGCCUUACUAUACAGAGAGGUGUUUACAAGGGGAUUCUUGAUGCAUUUGUUAAAAUUAUACGUGAAGAAGGACCCACAGAGCUCUACAGAGGUCUUGCUCCUAGCCUUAUUGGAGUUGUUCCAUAUGCAGCUACAAAUUACUUUGCAUAUGAUUCCUUAAGAAAAGCAUACCGGAGCUUUUCAAAGCAGGAGAAGAUUGGAAACAUUGAGACUCUUUUGAUAGGUUCUUUAGCGGGUGCACUAUCGAGCACCGCGACUUUUCCUCUUGAAGUAGCACGGAAGCAUAUGCAGGUGGGAGCAGUUAGUGGGAGAGUUGUGUACAAGAACAUGUUGCACGCUCUGGUGACCAUACUCGAGCAUGAAGGUAUUCUCGGUUGGUACAAAGGGCUCGGACCAAGUUGCUUGAAGUUGGUUCCUGCUGCUGGAAUCUCUUUUAUGUGUUAUGAAGCUUGCAAGAAGAUACUUGUCGAGCACAACCAAGAAGCCUGAUUUGGGAAAUGAUAUGGACUCUCAUGGCGAACUUUAGGGGUGGAUCAGAGAAACACAUUGUGGAUACUAAUUGGGUUCGUAGUUCUAAAUUUAUACCACUUGAUUUCAAAAAUUAAUUUUGAGGGGAUUAUAAAGAUGCAUUCUUUGUUUUCGUUGCAAUUUACUUUUGGAUUCUUUGAUUGAUCAGAUUCUGAUUCAAAUAAGCUAACAAUAGUUUACAUAAAAACUUGAUUA